UCCCUUUCUUCUGUGUCUAUAAGUUAACCCCAAUUAGCCAAAUAAACAAGCCAAUAUACAUGUCCUGUGUAGAUAAUUACCCGAGGCGUAUACACAACCCGAUACACUGAUUGCCUUUAGACUGUGUGACGUCACAGACACCUGUCAUCGAUGUCUGCAGACGACUGUUGGUGCACUUUCAGGUGUUGUCAAUUACCGUGUAUUGAGAUGGGUGCAAUUUAACCGCGGCAUGUGUGAUAUUUACAUGUUUCAGGCCCUCUUUAAUCGAGCCUGUUCAUGGACAGCUUUGUGAAGUGCAAUCUACUGUCCUACCCCUUAGCAUUGGUUUGUCAGAACAUACAGGAGCUGGCCAGGCACUUUGGUGUAGAUAUGGAGCAGUGCCGCAGCCACUGGCACCAGGUACGUGCCAGUUUAGAGGGGACUGAUCAGUCAGCCGACCAGACCAUGACCUGGAUUACUGGCAACCUUUCUACCAGUCAUCCAGCUCUUUACAGAAUUGCUGCUGUGGGUCUCCUCCUCCCAACCUCUACUGCAGAUUUUGAGCGAGGAUUCAGCUGCCUGAAGAGAGUUAAGACUGAAAACAGGAAUUGUCUCUCUGUUAAAGUUCUAAACUAUCUUCUUGCCGUCUCCCUUUAAGGACCCCCAUUAGAAUCUUUCAACUUUGAGAAGGCAGUCAAGGCAUGGAAGGACAACAAACCUAGAAGACAGGCCCACUUUUAAUGAUGUUAAUGAAGAAAAAACAACUGAAAUAUACUCAUUUAAAUGGGACACACACAUACAUAUAAAUGUUGAUCACAUGUUGUGAACUUGUGUUUAUAUAUAAUUGUUUAUUUAUUUGAAUUGUUGGAAAUGGAAAAAGUAAAUAAUAAAAAUUAAGAAAAUGUU